AUCAUCCUGGCGGCUACUAUAUUUUUUCUCCUUUUUUGACUAAAUCACUUGUCCCAAUUCGGUUCCUAAUCCAUUUUUUCUCUCAAAUUCAUAUUUUUUGGAUACCCUUUUGCUUAUUGAAUCAUUUUGUGAUUGGAAUUUUUUUGAUUAGUGAAGAGAUGAAGAUGUUUGAGUUAUCUGAUUCGGAUUCAUUGGCUGGUUUUGCAUCAUCAAAGAAUGUUUUUCCACCGGGAUUUAGGUUUCAUCCGACUGACGAGGAACUUGUUCUGUACUAUUUGAAGAAGAAGAUCUGCCGGAAGAGGAUUCUGCUUGAUGCCAUUGCUGACACUGAUGUUUACAAAUGGGAACCGGAGGACUUGCCUGAUCUAUCUAAGUUGAAAACUGGGGACCGGCAGUGGUUCUUCUUUAGUCCCAGAGAUCGAAAGUAUCCUAAUGGAGCACGGGCAAACAGGGGAACGAAGCAUGGGCACUGGAAAGUUACCGGAAAGGAUCGAACUAUUACGUGCAACUCUCGUGCUGUUGGAGUUAAGAAGACCCUAGUCUUUUAUAAAGGCCGAGCACCAGUAGGUGAACGGACAGACUGGGUGAUGCAUGAGUAUACUAUGGAUGAAGAAGAGCUGAAAAAAUGUCAAAAUGCCCAGGACUACUAUGCGCUUUACAAGGUAUUUAAGAAGAGUGGCUCCGGGCCUAAGAAUGGUGAGCAGUAUGGUGCACCUUUUAGAGAAGAGGAGUGGGCUGAUGAUGACUGUCCAAGUGCCAAAGGCGUUGUCCAUCAGGAUGCUGCUCCUGUUGAUGGUGGACUCGAGGAGUUGUUGAACCCUGUGCUUAUGGAGCCACUUUCUGUAGAUUAUGAUUAUGCACUGGAGCAGCUUGUACAUGAGGAGGAUGCUCGAAGUACCUUGCUAGAUCAUUCGGCAAAGGAAGUUAAUUUUCCCCACCACAGUGCGGUGAUUGCCCCAGCAAAGGAAAGCUUUGACUUGACACAGUCAGGCACAUCACAGCUACAGUUACAUGAGGUAACAGAAGUCACAUCUGCUCCCAUUAUUUAUGAACAGCAGCUACAUGUGGUGGAAGAGGAUUUCCGUGAAGAUUUUCUGGAGAUGAAUGACCUCCUUGGUCCGGAGCCAAGCACUCAGAACUUUGAUAACUUGGAGCUGUAUGUUAAAAACUUUGAUGAGGCAGGACCAAGUGGUCAAAACUUUGAUAUGCCUGCUGGAAACUUCGAAGAUUUGCAAUUCGAUUUUUUAGAUGGGUUGUCAGAGUUUGACCUGUUUCAUGAUGCACCGUUGCUUGAUGAUAUAAGAACAACUGAAGUUGGGCAAAUUACUGAACCAUACAUGAACAACUUUGUGAAUGGUUCUGAAAACCCUGCUUCUACAACAUAUAUAAGCACUUUUCAGCAUGAAAUGACGAACAACCAGCUAAUGUAUUUGAAUGAGGGAGAACAGACUAGCAAUCAACUGUGGACACACGAUCAAAGGUUCAACAUCUUUAACCCCAGCGAGGCAAAUCAGUUGGUUGUUCCUCCAGCUACUUCAGAUGAUGGUAUAAGAAUAACCAUGUCAUCUUCAGCAUGGCGAGAACUCUAUUGCCCAAGUGGAAAUGGGGGAGUUUGAGCCAGCAAGAGCUCUGCUGCUGCUAAUAUAUUAGUGUUAGAUUUUUUUUUUCCUAAUUUUUUAAAGUUUUGGCAAUGUUUUAGGUGUUGUAUAUGAUAGUAUUUUGGCAAAUCAUCCUAUGGGCGCAAAUCAAAAUCAACUACCCAAUCAAGAUGAUGGUACACCAUCAUGGUUGACCUCUCAGUUGUGGGCCUUCGUGGAUUCUAUACCUACUUCUCCUGCUAUAGCUGCUGAAAGUCCAGUGGUUAAUAGUGCCUUUAAGCGCAUGUCUAGCUUUAGUAAGAUGAGAAUAAACUCCAGGAACAUGAAUGUUGUGGCAGCAGGUAAUACAGCAACUUCAAGAAGUUCGCGCCACUCUAAGAAUGGGCUUUUUUAUUUUUCUUUUCUUGGAAUACUGUGUGCAAUCUUAUGUGUGUUAGUAGGAACAUUUGUCGACAUCUUGAGGAGACUCAUAUACUCUUAAAUAUGCAAAGAAAAGUUGAUGUUCUAUCAUUUGGCAUCUUGCCAGAAUCAAUGAGAAGCAGAGCAUACAUUCUAUGAGUAAAACAAAAUCUACUUAUAAGUA